CUUGUCAUUGGCCUCUCUGGCCGGAGUUUGACAGCUAACUGGCUGCCGGCUGUCAAGCUAGUUGGACGGGUGCGGUUGGGUGUCCGUCAGUGUGCCCCGGUUGUAUCAUUGAGAGGUCGGGUCUAGCCGCGUCUGUGAAAGGAGCACUGAGCUGUCGCCGCGGAGCCUGAGCUCAGGGGUUGAAAGAGGCAGGUGAAGAGGAAGGAUGCCCGGCGAUCUGCCACUCGACAUCGACAUUAAGGAGCCGCGAUGGGACCAGGGCACCUUCGUGGGCAGAGCCAUGCACUUCUUCAACGUGACCAACCCCCUGAACGUGCUGCUGUCCAGCGACACCCUGGAGGACGCACGGAGGACGGUGGAGAAUUACAAGCUGGGGAUAGUGAAGCCGGGCCUGACGGAGGAUGAGCUCUGGAGGGCCAAGUACAUCUAUGACUCCGCCUUCCACCCCGACACUGGCGAGAAGAUGAUCCUGAUUGGACGCAUGUCGGCCCAGGUGCCAAUGAACAUGACCAUCACUGGCUGCAUGCUCACCUUCUACAGGACGACACCCGCUGUGGUGUUCUGGCAGUGGGUCAACCAGUCCUUCAACGCCGUUGUCAACUACACCAACCGCAGCGGAGACGCCCCCAUCACUGUGAAUCAGCUGGGAGCAGCCUAUAUCAGCGCCACAACAGGAGCGGUCCUCACUGCGCUGGGACUGAAGUCUCUCACCAAGCACUUUCCUCCUAUAAUAAGCCGCUUUGUCCCCUUCGCUGCGGUGGCUGCUGCGAACUGCAUCAACAUCCCUUUCAUGAGACAGAGGGAGCUAAAGUUUGGGAUCCCAGUGACGGAUGAGGAGGGGAGGCGGCUGGGAGAGUCCACCAUCGCUGCCCGCCAGGCCAUCGCCCAGGUGGUGGUUUCCCGGAUUGGCAUGGCAGUGCCUGCUAUGGCUAUCCCUCCUGUCAUCAUGAAUGCCCUGGAAAAGAAAGCUUUCAUGAAGAGGUUCCCAGUGCUCAAUGCUCCGGUUCAGGUUGGACUGGUGGGGCUGUGCCUGGUCUUUGCCACUCCACUGUGCUGCGCCCUGUUCCCACAGAAGAGCUCAAUGAAGGUGUCCAGUCUGGAGCCUGAGCUACAGGCCAAGAUCCAGGAGGUCAGCCCCCACACCAGCAGAGUCUACUUCAACAAGGGCCUGUAGGAGGGAGACUGUUGGGGGGGUGGGGGGGUGUCUUUACAUAAAUCUGUAUCUUAGUGGGCACAGGUCAGAAGUCAUGAAUGUAUAAAUAUUUCCAGCCCCUUUUAAUCUGGAUGAUCCCUCUAAAUGUCCAAAAAUGCUUUUAGAAACAAUCUGGAGGCAAAAUAUUGUUUUUGUAGAUUUCAAAAAGAGUGUCUUGAAAAGUCCAAUAUGGACCAUUACUGCGUACAGCAGCAAUGCUGUGAUGUUUCUGUCUGUUUAGACUCAGGAGAUUUGCUAACCACUUUCGUAAAAAUGUGCACACACACAAUAGACAGGGCACCCUGCGUUGACCUUCUGUAGGUGGUUUUAUUGAAUGUUUGAGGAUUUCAGGUUCUGGGGGUGCUGUUUUAGUGACCAGUUCUCGGGAUGCCUAGAGCACUGGGCUCUGCUGUGAGCAAAUGUUUGACAGAUGAGUGUAUGUGUCAGUUUUAAUUCUGAAGGUUUAUGGUCCCUGUUUUUUCAUGUAUAUCACUCCUUUUGUGCCCCCCACAAUGUGGACUUGUGAUCAGUGGGUGCCCCGCAAAACCAGCGUCUGGUCAUCUGCUCUUUUAGCACCGAAGAACCAAAAUAUGCAACUUGACGUACGAUGGCUUGACUCUUACGUUGCCUGAGUAGGUUUGAUGUUUUAAGAUGUUUGUAUUUUUCUUAUUGUUGAAUGUCUUGAGGAGAAGCACACCCUUUCACUACAAUGCACUGAUCCCCAAGGCCCUUACUGCUUCUGACCCAGGGAAGCCUCAGUGGGUGUAUUUGCUCUUAGGUAGAAAAGUGACAGAGGAGCGAGGGUUCGAAGGACAUGCUGCGGAGAGCACUUCACACAGAGCAACAGUUUCUAGAGUAAAGGAGGAGACUGUUCUAGUCAUAACAGCUCUCAGGACUCGGAGGAGUCUUGGACUUUGCAUGGAAAGGCUCUGGUCUUUUUGCAGAACAAGUUUAGCAGUGGCUUUGACUACAUGCCUGGAGAUGUGGCUGUGAUCUCACCUGGGCAUGUUGCAAUCGGUCCAAAGCUAUCGAAUUGACUUGUUAAAUCCUAAACAGUGUUCUGUUUGCCUGCUUUAGAUGGGGCAUGUUUUUACAGUAGUCAGUAUGUGACAUGGUUUUCAAGCUCGGAGUGUGUUUGUAUGUCUGGUGAGAGCCUAAGAGGGUUUAAGAGAAGAAAAAUCAUUUGUUUAUGAGCGGUUUAGAACAAGCUAACAUUUUAUUACAUACUGAUGUUGUUGUAGAUUAUUCUUUGCUGUAGUGUCAUGUUGUGUGUCAGUGAUUUAUGCGUACAGUAUGUAGCUGUGCUUUGAUAGGAAAUCAGUGAUGUCAUUUUCUUAUUAGACAAGGGUUAUGAGGCUAUUUUCUCCUUCAAGGCGCAUCCAACAGCCUAAGAAGCAGUGACAUCAUGUGCAAUUUAGUCUGACAUUUUUAGAAAAUCAAUUGGUCCUAUUUAUACUAGUGUAAAACCAACAGUACAUAGAUGGACAUGCUCCUAUUAUACACAGUACAUAUAUAACACUAUAUGAAAUAUAAAAAACUGUAUUGCACAGGUCAGCUCAGUAUCCCUCAAUUCUGCACAUUUUCAUCACCAACAGGCAGUAAUGGAAGCACACUCUUAUUUAACACUAAUUCCCCCGUUAAGGAGCAACGGUAUUUGUUCCUUCUAGUGUGUGAGUGCAGUAAGUCCGUACUGUUUCACCUUAACCUCCUGUCUCUGCCAAGGCGUGGAAGGGGUUGUGUUGACAACGUGUCACUUAGGAGCCUCAGAACAAGGGUAAACAAGACGUUGGUUCUGAGUGAAGGAGAUACAGACUGUUACAGUUCACAGCACUUUUUGUUACAGUAUCUCUUUGGUAGCUCAGAGAUUAUGCUUUGCCUAAAAUAAUUUAAUAAUUAUUCAAGGUUACAUUGGUACAAUAAGUUCCACUGCUCAAACUUAUUUUAUCCUUGCUUCUGAUUUACGGAGAGCACACAUAUUGUUCAUCUUCUUGAUAAUUAUUAUAUUUGGGUUCAUUUUUUAUUGCACUCCUAACCUACCUAUAUAUAAUAUAGUUUAACAUGCAGAGUCUACAGACAUCUUGUAUCCUUUCUGUUUAAAAAAAAUACAGAAUGAAUGCAAAUUUGAAUUAUUUGCAUGUAGAUUUUCUCUUUAAGAAAACUUUUACUUCUGUACUGGGUUUGCUCUACUUUCCUCCUAACUGAAACAAACCCUGUCUGAACACCUCAUUUAAGACGGAGAUUUUAUUUCUGUUUUUUCUUUGACACUUUCUUGUGACAUUCUUCACGGUGACGUUCUUAACAGCGGAAAUUCAAGAGGGCUGCUGAGUGGCUCUUUCGCCACUAGGGGGCGUUCGUUCCUAGCGCAAACGCUACCAGUCUGCUGUGAGCUGGAUUCUCCGGCUCACUGCAGGCAGACGGUUGCUACAACUACAGUCGUAAGGUUGGAGUCAGUCAAGGUUGUACUUCCUGAUAAGAUGGGCUUUCCUCUAAGGCACGUUGACUGCAGCAUGAGUGCUCUCACUGUCCUCGUUUGCCAUGUGCAGUUUCAGAGUGUCCAACUUACCUAAUAACUGCCCAUUCCAUACUGGAAUGAAAAACGAUCUGGAAAUCCUGAAUUCAAACAAAUCAAGCCCAGGAAUAAUGCAGAAUUAAAGAGCAACAGCUGGGCAAAUUCAAUCUGUAUAUAUAGUGUCUGGUUGGUAAAAGUGGAAAGACUGCAGUAGGGACUCUUGGCCAAAACAUAUUCACACAGAAUCUCUUGUACAGUCUGAUUUUUACAAUUACUGCAGCUUGUGGACGGAUUUAACAUUGAACUUUUUAACACUGAAAAGCUUCCUGAAUCAGCUAAAAAGGUUUGUAGGAUUCACUUACAAGCAAGCACCUUUGUAGAAUAGAGGUAAUUAAAUUCCCUUUCUGAUCACCCAGUGUAUUGUAUGUUCCAGUAUUUGUUUUCUGGGGUAAAUCUCAUGUUGCCAAGGACAAUCACAGAUUCCGCAGUCCGGGCCGAGCGAGAUGGGAGCGUGUCCAGAGAAGCUCUUACUGGGCGACAGCUCUUCAUCUCAAAGCGCACACUGCUGCUACCUGUCCUGCUCAGCACGCGAGCUCAAGUAUGUUUUCCUCUGUAUUAAACUGGAGUGUUUGCCUCGCUUUCAGGGUGUAGAUUUAAUGUAAGUGACAGAAUAAAAUGUAUUUUGGAAAACA